AUGAAGCCGCCCGCCACGCAGGGCAGCCCCGCGGCCGCCGCCGCCGCAGCGCCUGCCCUGGACUCGGCGGCCGCCGGCGACCUGACGGACGCGCUGUGCGAGUUCGACGCGGUGCUGGCGGACUUCGCGUCGCCCUGCCACGCGCGCCACUUCCACUACGAGGAGCACCUGCAGCGCAUGAAGCGGCGGAGCAGCGCCAGCGUCAGCGACAGCAGCGGCUUCAGCGACUCCGAGAGUGCAGAUUCAUUAUAUAGGAACAGCUUCAGCUUCAGCGACGAAAAACUGAAUUCUCCGACAGACUCCACCCCGGCUCUGCUCUCUCCCGCCAUCACUCCUCGGAAAGCCAAACUAGGAGACACGAAAGAGCUAGAAGACUUUAUUGCUGAUCUUGACAGAACAUUAGCAAGUAUGUGA